CGCAUUGGCAGUUUGGCACCGCACUCCACACAUCCACUGGGCAGUUCUUCUUUUCUUUGUCCUUUGGAGCCCACCUCUCUCUCUCUCUCUCGUGCUCAUGGGGAGGAAUGGGAUAAAGAGGAGUGGGCGAUGCAGCAUGCUAUUGCGGCUGCUUCUUCUCAUUGGAGUGGCGCUGCAAGGAUGCAUCGCGCAAGGGGGAGUGCUCACGCGGGGGAGCUUCCCCAAGGGAUUCGUGUUCGGCACCGCCUCCGCCGCUUACCAGUACGAGGGAGCCGUGAAGGUGGAUGGGAGAGGACAGACCAUCUGGGACACGUUUGCGCACACUUUCGGCAAGAUCACCGACUUCAGCAAUGCUGAUGUUGCAGUCGAUCAGUACCACCGUUUUGAGAAGGAUAUACAGCUCAUGGCAGACAUGGGGAUGGAUGCGUAUCGGUUUUCGAUUGCCUGGUCAAGAAUUUUGCCAAAUGGCACUGGCCAAGUCAAUCAGGCUGGCAUCGACCACUACAACAAACUGAUUGAUGCACUGCUAUCAAAAGGAAUUCAGCCAUAUGUAACGCUAUACCACUGGGACCUCCCCCAGGCCCUGGAAGACAGGUACAUGGGAUGGCUUGACAGGCAGAUAGUUGACGAUUUUGCGGCUUAUGCCGAGACAUGCUUCAAGGCGUUUGGAGACCGUGUGAAGAACUGGAUCACACUCAACGAGCCACACACGGUUGCCGUUCAGGGCUAUGACGCCGGGCUUCAGGCACCGGGGCGCUGUUCUGUGCUGCUCCAUCUGUAUUGCAAAUCAGGGAAUUCGGUUUCCCCUUCCAUUUUUGCAGCCUUCGACAAGAACGGGAAACCGAUUGGAGAUAGGGCCAAUUCGAUAUGGCUGUACAUCGUGCCCAGCGGGAUGAGGAGCCUGAUGAACUACGUCAAGGAGAGAUACAACAGCCCGCCGGUUUACAUCACUGAAAACGGGAUGGAUGACAGCAACAGCCCUUUCACUUCCAUCAAGGACGCGCUCAAGGACAGCAAGAGGAUCAAGUACCACAACGACUACCUCACCAACCUCGCUGCCUCCAUAAAGGAGGACGGGUGCGAUGUGCACGGGUACUUCGCGUGGUCGCUGCUGGACAAUUGGGAGUGGGCGGCCGGAUACUCCUCGAGAUUCGGGCUCUACUUCGUGGACUACAAGGACAACCUCAAGAGAUACCCCAAGAGCUCGGUGCAGUGGUUCAAGACCCUGCUCAGCUCCAGCUGAAGGCGACAUGCGUAUACUUUGUUCUGCAUUGCCAUUUCUUUUCUGCAGGCCAUCUCAAACCAUACACCGAUACACGACUGCCGUGCUGACUGAGCAUAUAACAUAGUGCUUCAAGCUUCACUGUACUUGUUGAAACUUUUUGUGGUCAGCUUGUGAUUCAGAUACGCUUUGUUUACGGAUUACGAAAGAUGACUUUUUUGGAAUGGAAAGCUUCAUUAACUUUUAUUAUUA